CUACUUUCACCAUGUCUACUGCGCGUCCGCGUCCAAGGCCACGUCCAGUGGCAAAGCCCAAGGCUGCAUCGUCGACAACAGUCGACCUCAAUUCAACGCCAUCUCCAGGGAAACCCUCCUCUUCUACGAGCACAACGCAAAAUCCUGUUGCAGGGAGCAAGUUAGAUGACGAAGAUGCUAUAUUCUUGCGUAAUCGCGGAAGAACCUCUCAAUGCUGGAACAAGCUUCGAGCAAUGACAAAGGACACUCCAUCCGACAAAGCUGACGAGGACGACCUCGAUUGGGGUGAACAAACUGAACCGGAAUCUACUCCGAGGCAUCGCAAGAAGAAAUCAAAUAAACAGCAUGAAUUACCUCGAUGGCAAACGGUGGACAUAGUUACUCUCCUUUCUUCAGAUAACGAAGAAGACGAUUUUGAAAUUACAGAGCACACACCAAGGAUCUCAUGUAACGAUUCGCCCCCCCGAAAACGAAAAAGAGACCGUAGCCGCUCGAAAUCUAUUACGCCACCCCCGCAACUUCCCAUACACCAACUCAAUAAUGCAAGGGCAUUGGUCAGACAAGCACUUGCUGUUGCACCACGUCGGGCCCCAUCACCAAUUGAAAUUCCCGAUGACCCAACGGACACUUCUGACUUGAAUCCAGAGCUCGCAAAAAUUGCCGAGGAAGUUCGUAGAAGGGCUGUAACAACCAAGAACACGCCAGAACAAGGCGGCGGCCCUGAGCUAGUUAUCAUCAAGGUUCGAUGGCAACCUCAUCCACUGAAUACAGCUGGUGCAAAGGAUGUUUGGAAUUUUAAAAUGAAAAGACAUGACACAUUCCAGUACUUGUUUGAGGAGUUAGCAGACUUGGCCGCUGUUUUGGUUGACCAUCUUGUCGUCAGUCAUGAUGGAAAGCGUUUGUUUGCUUCAGGCACACCUCACAGUCUUCGAAUUUGGGCAGAAGGAGAACUCGAAGCAUGUGAUCAAACAACUUGGGAUCACGUACGCGCUCAACGCCAUCAACAGGCUCCAAAGGCCGCUCAGUCAUCAAAGAAUUCACCGUCUCCGGAAAGAGAAUCAGACUCGGAGUCGGAAGCCGAGUCCACUGGCGGUGACAAAAUCAAACUUGUAUUCAGGUCCGCGGCUACCGAGGAAAAUGUUAAUCUUACAGUCCGACCUACAACAACGUGUGGAGUCAUUGUGAAAGCGUUUCUCAAGGCAGCCGGUCUAUCCGAUCAAUACCCUCAAACAGCACAAGCAAUGCCUCAGCUAAUGGUUGACGGUGAUAAGAUGGCAGAUGACAUGGAAAUCGGAGAGGCAGACCUAGAUGAUGGAGAUCUGGUCGAGGUUGUUGGGCUGUGAUUGCACUGAUACCGGUUUGAUUUUUUUUCGGUUAGUCGGGGACAUUAUCAUCUUACUGUUGUACUCUCACGCUAGUAGGCCUGGGAGGAGGGUUUUGUCAAGUUACCAUCUGUCAAACUGUCUACGAGAACGCUGUGCUUGCUUUCGCAUCUACUCGACAUCUCGGGUAUUCGACCGAUGCUUCAAAUAAUUUUGUCCUUCUCGUCGCAUAAUGCUGUCAAACUGCCCCGUUUGCCUGAACCAACCUCUAACCGCCUCAAUUGAUCCGUUCCUUAAAUGCACUGCACGUGAUAUCCACGAGAGUCUCCUAAACUGCUCGACAGCUUUGAAGACUCUGUGCCUGUGGGAUCUUCAUGUUCACUUGCCGCAAUGACUGCGACAUUUUGUGCUCCGAUUCUAACCACUACCGCCGCCUCGCCCGUCCUCAAGCUCUAAGUAUUGCUG